CGACGCGGGCCCCGCCCCCUGGAGACGCACCGCUGCGGAGCCGCACUCCUCUAGGGUGUUUGGCGGGUCCAGGGCCCGGCCGGUGGCUGGGGUCCCGGCGGGCCAUCGCCAUGAAGCUGACGCGCAAGAUGGUCCUGUCCCGGGCCAAGGCCUCGGAGCUGCACAGCGUGAGGAAGCUCAACUGCUGGGGCAGCCGCCUCACAGAUAUCUCCAUAUGCCGGGAGAUGCCCAGCCUGGAAGUGAUCACUCUCAGCGUCAACAGCGUGUCGACCCUGGAGCCUGUGAGCCAGUGCCAGCACCUGAGCGAGCUCUACCUGCGGCGGAACCGCAUCGCCAGCCUGACCGAGCUCUGCUACCUGAAGGGCCUGCCGCGCCUGCGGGUCCUGUGGCUGGCCGAGAAUCCGUGCUGCGGCGCUGACCCCCACCUCUACCGCAUGACCGUCCUGCGCAACCUGCCGAACCUGCAGAAGCUGGACAACCAGGCUGUGACUGAGGAGGAGCUGGCCCGAGCAGUGAUGGAGGGAGAGGAGGUCACGGCCCCCAGCAGAGAGGGCACAGGGAAUGGCAGGCCCGAGCUGUCCUAUGCCCUGAGUGCCAUGAACACCGCCACCGAGACCCAAGGGGACCAGCUGAGCUUCUGCGACGAGGAGGAGAAGGGGAGCCACAUCCGGGGACAGCUCGGCCUGAAGCCCCCUGCCCAGGACCGGCUUCCUUCCUUCUCACAGAGGGACGCGGCGAGCAGUUGCAAGAACAGGGACAACAUCCUGACUGCCAUCCUGCUGCUGCUGCGGGACCUGGACAUCGAGGGGCUGGAGGCCGUGCACCAGACCGUGGUCAGCCGGCUGCGGGCCCUGCACAGGCAGGAGCUGCAGGAGGACGUGGAGUGACCCAGCAGGGACCCUGUGCCGCCAGGCCCUCCGCAGGACCCUGCGCCGAAGUUCCUGUGUGUCUUCUCAAGCGCCCGAGAGAUGGGGCUGACUGUCAGAGCCACAGCCACUGCCGGAGCCCAAGCUGAGCCCCAGCACAUGGGACCACAUCCUCAGGAAGCUUCAACCCGCCCAGGAAGGCCGAGCUGUCACUUCAGAUGGCACCCGGAGAGGGCCGGAAGGGCGUUGGGGCCUGGUUGGGCAGACCCCGCUCCCGUGCCUCCUGUGCAGGUGACCCGGCCCUUCUCCCCAAUAAACAUUUUCCAAAGUCUGACCUGGAUACAGGUUUCCUAAGUGACAGACAUGACGUUCUUGGUGAAGCUGAGAGCUAUUGCUGCGUUUUCCCCAGUCCUGGGGUGGAUUUCUGGGCCACAGGAGCCUUCCAGAGCCAUGGCCCCCUCACAGGCAGGCCCCGCCUCAGCAUCGCACUGACAGACACGCGGCACAGCCACGGCCGCCGCCGCCUUCCAUCUGGGGGUGUUCCGUUUGGCUGGUGGCUGAGAGGAAAGCGCUCAGCUUUUUAAGAGCCCUGCGGCCACAUACAAGGUUUGUGCGGACCCUGCCUCAGAGGCCUCGCGAGGACAGGCCAGCCACAGCCGCUUGGGGAUCGAGGUGUGGUCGCAGGUGGAGCAGCCGAGUGGGAAGGAUGGACUUUUGGAAACUGCAUCUAACACGUUUUCUUCCUCUGGGAAGUCGCAGGCCUUGCCAUGAGGCAUCAUCCAGGUGGUGAUGCUACAGCCCUGGUGGCCGUCGUAGUGCCCCCAAGAGCUGAGGAAGCGUCUACGUGGAAGGGGAGCGGAAUGGCCCCCGACCCACUAGAGACAAGUCCGCUCUGCCCACGACUGAAAUGACUGGAGCUGGGGAGGGAGGCAGGGUGUCAUUCCCUCCGCCCCCUUCCUCCCUCCGGGGUAGGAAUGUCUGCAUCCCUGUGAGAGCUGAGGGCACCAGCCUGUGUGAGAGCCUCACCAACCGAAGAGGUGACAGCCGCAACAUGUGCCGGGCAAGCCACCAGUGGUGGAAGGACGGCGUCUGGCAGACCACGGCCCUCCUAAAUGAAGCUGCACCGUGCUGCCAGCUCUUUCGGACCCCAGUGCCCUCCGAACGCUGGAUCAGGGGAGGCCCCGGGCAGGAGCAGAGGCUUUACCUGUGGGGCUCCUUUGUCAGGACAAAGGGGUGAGCUCUGAGCAGUGAGAGGCAAGGAGUCGCUACCUAGGGUCAUCCCGGAAGGGUAGCUGUGCGUGGGUCUUCUCAUGGGGUUUUGCUCUCAGUAAAGCUGUGCC